GUCCUUUAAAACAACGAGCGUCGUAAAAUUCUGAAUUUUUUCUGGAAAUCUUUGCUAUAUAUGAAGAUGUUUGAGAUCUUGUAGUUGAAAAAAAGAUAGACGUUCGAAAGGUUACAAAAUGAUACACAGAAUGUUAACUGUGCGAAAUAUAGUUCAACUGCACUCAGUAUCUCACAGAAUAUAGUAAUCUCGUUUAUUUAGGCAGCUAAUGUAAGUCAUCAGUGGAACUUGAAAUUCUGAGCACUUAAGUUCUAUCAUAUCAGUACUCUAGGGUUCGCAUAAGGCGGGAUUCUAGACUUUUCGAAAUGGCGAUGAGAGUUAGUGCACGAUAUUUCUCGUUAUUAAGCAAACCUCGUGAAAAACCUGCGUUCGCUCAUGAGCUUCAAAAAGCAAUGGGAAAGCUGGACAUCGAGGGGAAACCUGGCGGGCUGUUGGAUCCAAUAAAGAUUGAUAACCCAGGAAGACUGGCCGUAAAAAUGGUUGCAUUUAUGUGUCUGAGUUUCUUUCAGCCAUUUGUGGUGACAUACUUGCACCUGCGGGGCGGUUGAUCCACUUGACUUAAUAUUUAUGAUCUGUAGUUAAUCAAGUUAGAAUCAUAAAAUGUCUGGUUUUUGUGUAUUGUUCAAUCUGAAAUCCUUUUCUUUUGUAUUAACCUUUUGAAUGAUUACUUGGCAAAUUCGUGUUACAUAUUAACAUUUGCUUUUGAUUGAG